UCCUUCAGUAUAUAUUCUAGCAGUACUCCGUAUUUGUCAAGAACCUCAAACCUAUAUCAAAGAAAUGGCUUCCCAACGAGACAAUCAAGAACAGACUAAAAAUAGCAAAUGGUCUGCAUCGAACUAUGACGACGCAACUUAUUUGUAUGGGGAAUCAGAAAAAGAAAGCGAUUACGAAGACAAUGAUUUCAGUACAAUCAACACUGCACAGCUUACUUCUUUCGGAGACUACUCUUCUGAUAGAAGAAGUUUAGAACGUGAUGCAGAAGAACAAAGCGAUCAUGGAGACAAUGAUUUCAGUACAAUUAACUUUGCGCAGCUUACUUCUUUCGACAAUUAUUCUUCUGAUAGAAGAAGUUUAGAACGUGAUGCAGGUAACUUGGAUCUGAUUGUAAUAUAUUCUAUCAUGGAACGCAUUAGAAUGCUAGAAAAACGAAUAGAAGUAAUGGAAAGUCGUUUAUCUACAGCAGAAGAACUAAGAAACUCAGAAGCUGAGACCAUCAAGCACACGAAGAUGGAAACAAAAGUAAGAAGAAGCGAAUGAACUAAAACGUCCAGAUUUGUGAUUAAGAAUGACUUUUAAUAUUUUUACGAAAUUACGAAGAUGACGUGCAAUGAACUCUUUUUUAUAACAGGAAGUUUUUCCGGAGUGUGUUACGUCUUAAUUCCAACUAAGUCUCUAAACUAUCACAAGAAAUAACAAUCGCGGGAGUAGAACCCAGUACUAUAAAUUCGAUGUCAACUCAGUUGGGUCAUCGCUUUUCACGACGUCACCCUAGCAAUAGGUCGGAAUUCCUCCACAGUUCUAUAAAAUGCAUGCUGAAAAUCCUAUUAAAUUACUGCUGAAUCCGUAUACAACCAAAUAUAUUGUUUAUAACAGAGUGUUUAGGUGGGAGCAUUCGUGCCAAAUAGCACGAUUGUUUUUAAAACUAUCAAAAUAUUAGUAUUUCUGGUAUUCAACAUACAGCGACUAUUAUGGUUAUCAAUUACACAUUAUCAACAUCAAAGACUUACAAUUUAUACCACAAUAUUCAUCAUCAGGUAAUUUUACAUUGAGCUUGGCUAUGGUGUGAAAUGGACUCCCGAUGGACGACAAAACUGGGUAAAACUUGUCAGCGGAUUUCUAAUGUAACAGCAGCCGCUUCAACGUAGCGAUUUAUUGAAUUAAGAAGAACUCAAAUCCUCCCAGUUCAACAUAAUUGUUGGUACGUAGUAUGCGAACCAAGAUGGCGGACACCGUAGUAUGUGUACCACGUUAG